UUCUUCUCAUCUUCCCCACUGUGUUUCUCUCUCUGUAACUUUUCUCUCCUCUGGACUGGACUUUCGUGGCUAUAAAUACAAUUCCCACAACACUAUUACAAUAAUAAUAUUAUUAUAUUAUUAUCCAAUUAUUCGUUUUGGGUCGCUUUCCUUUUUCUUUCAUUUCCUUUCAUGCGUUUUGCUUUCUUGAUGUUAUCGACAACCCCUUUUGUCCAAUUUUUCUGAAACCCUAGUCCCUCAUCGAUGCAUGGUACAUGAAAAAUGGAAUCAAAUUCUUCUUCUUCUUCUAAACUGCCCGUAAUCGUCAGACCCUUCGUGCUCUUCGUCUUUAUCUCCCUCCUCUUCGUCGCCUUCCUCUCUUUCUCCUUCUCCUUCUCUUUCCAGACCAAAAAGACCUUCAACAACAAUUUCUCGUCGGAGGAGAAUCUUCCGGCGGAUAUCCGGAUCCGGCCCGGGUACUCGUCGUACGACGCGUACCUGGAGCGGCAGCUGAACAAGACCCUCAACCCGAAGCUCCGGCAAAUCUGGACGACCCGCGAUUGGGAUCGCAAGGUGAGGGUCUUCGCCGGAUUCUUCGCGGACCUGAAGCAGAGGGGGCUCCUGUCGAACGGGUCCAAGUCGCUCUGCAUCGGGGCCCGGGUCGGGCAGGAGGUGGCGGCCCUGAAGCGGGUCGGGGUGUCGGACUCGGUGGGGAUGGAUCUGGUGCCGUCGCCGCCGCUGGUGGUGAAGGGGGACUUCCACCGGCAGCCGUUCGGGGACGAGACGUUCGAUUUCGAGUUCUCGAACGUGUUCGACCACGCGCUGUACCCGCGGAAGUUCGUGGGGGAGAUCGAGCGGACGCUCAGGGGGGGCGGGGUGUGCGUGCUGCACGUGCUGCUGUCGCGGCGGGCGGAUAAGUACUCGGCGAAUGAUCUGUACAGUGUGGAGCCGUUGAAGGAGCUGUUCCGGAGAUCGGCGCUGGUUCAGGUGAGGAAGAUCGAUGGGUUUGGGUUGGACACAGAGGUGGUUUUCAGGAAACGAUGACACUGGGAAGAACUUGGUUUCGAUUUGAUUUGAUUUGCUGUCUCUCUGUCUGUCUGUCUGUCUGUCUGUCUUCUUCUUCUUCGAUUCAGUUCCUUCCCUUACACUUGGUUUUUUUUGACAAAUUGAUUGAUUGAUUGAUUGUAUACAAAAUUGUAUUCAAUAUUGAUUACUAGUUGAUUGAUUGCUUGCUUGUAUCAUCAGAAUUAAAUGAAGAAAGAAAGAAAUAUCCAUAGUUGAUUUUUUGUUCAUUA